AUGCCCAUCUCAGCAGAACUAGCCACCUCCAUCGCGGACGCCGUCGCCGCCGGAUUCGACGACCAACUCGCCUACACCCAACAACUAAUCCGAACCGGCGGCCAGCGCGGCGAAGAACAUGCCGUGCAAGACCUAGUCUACAACCGCUUCUCAUCCCACGGCUACAACCCCAUCCGACUAGAAAUGGACCCAGACCUCCUCUCCCAACACGAAGGCGCAGGUCGAAUCAGCGCCGAGCACUCCAAAGCCCCAAUCGUAAUCGGAGUCCACGAGCCACGAUCUCAAAGCGCCGUGGGAAAAAGCCUAAUUCUAAACGCGCAUAUCGACAUCGUCCCCACCGGCCCCGUGGACCUCUGGACGCGCGAUCCCUACAGCGGCGACAUCGAAGGCGAUAAGCUGUAUGGACGGGGUGGGGCGGAUAUGCGGGCUGGGAGUGCGGCGAAUCUAUAUGCGCUGGAUGCGCUGCGACGGGUGGGGGUUCAGCCGGCGUCGAAGGUGAUUUUGGAGUCUGUGGUUGAGGAGGAGUCGACGGGGAAUGGGACGUUGAUGACGCAUUUGAAAGGGUAUCGGGCGGAUGCGGUGAUUAUUCCUGAGCCGAUGGAUGAGAAGUUGGUUAGGGCGAAUGUGGGUGUUUUGUGGUUUCAGGUUGAGGUGAAGGGGAUUCCGGUGCAUGUGCGGGAUAUGGGGACGGGGACGAAUGCGAUUGAUGCUUGUUGGAGGGUUGUUGGGGGGUUGAGGGAGUUGGAGAAGGAGUGGAAUGAGAAGAAGAUUGGGAGAUUGCAUUUUGAGAAUGAGAAUCAUCCUCUGAAGCUGCUGGCUGACCAGGGGUGUUUCGCAGAUUUGAACGUUGCGAAGAUCAACGCUGGAGACUGGGCGUCGUCGGUUCCAGCCUGGUGUCGGAUUGAUUGUCGCAUUGCUAUCUUCCCUGGCGUCAGCGCGAAGUCGGCGGCAGAGGAGAUUGAAGCUAAGGUGGACGAGGUUGCGCGCAACGAUGCCUUCCUCAGUAAGAACAUGCCUACGGUGACAUGGAACGGGUUCUUUUCGGAGGGAUAUGUCCUGGAACCUGAUAGCGAGGCUGAGAAGACUCUCCAGUGGGCUCACCAGCAGGCCACUGGCGCUGAGCUGCAAUCGUUCAUGACCGCCGCGUACCUCGAUACUCGGAUCCAUUCCCUGUACGACAAGAUUCCGGCUCUCUGCUACGGUCCAAUCAGCAGCAAUAUCCAUGGCUUCGACGAGUGGGUGAGUAUUAGCAGUUUGAAAAGAAUCACGACUGCAAUUGCACUGUAUGUAGCAGAGUGGUGCGGAGUCGAAGCGAUUGAAUGA